CGUGUCCUCACUGGCCACGCCCUUUUCAAGAUGGAGUUGUCGGAGUCGGUACAAAGAGGACUGCGGUCCCUCGCUGAGCCGUCUAGCGUGGACCACGUCGGCUUCCCGGUGCUGGUGGACGUCUCCUUCCGCUCCCUGCUCUCUUCCAACCGGGACCCGAACGUGCUGGAUGAGCCCGAACUUAAACAGAUCGACCCGGUCCUGCUGAAGAGGAUCCACGCUGCAGCCGUCACCUUCAUCCUGGAGGUGGUCAGGCAAAACGCCGACAAGUCCGCCAUCAGCUCCUGUUUAGAGGACCUGUCAUUCAGUGCAGACAGAAUAGAGGUCUUCCACAACUGCUAUCAGAAGAACAAAAAGGAGCUAGAAGUUUUGCUGGCGAGCAUUGGAAGACAACCAGCUCAAAUAACUGACGUGUCAUGGCGCCUCCAGUAUCACGUAAAGAACGCACAUGUGGAUAAGGUCAACGAGCCUUUCUACUUAAUAUCACUCAAUACUGAGAACAAAGGUGUUCCUGCUGAGGACGUCACUUUCACCUGCAAUAUGGAGCAGUUACAGGACAUGCUUAGCAAGCUGAAAGAUGCUGCAAAGAGCGCAGAGAAAGCCAGUCAGAUGAGGCGGAGGAGGAGGGGGGCUAAGUCGGCUAUUUUGGAGGCAAACUUGCGGUCACCGAGUGUGGACCGAACCUACGCCGGAGGACUCUGCCGGCGCUCCGCUCGCAAAGUCCCAGGGUCGCUAGCGGAGGGCAGCGUCGGUUCCUUCCCGCCCCCACCCCCGUGUGAAAUGCGCUCGCCUCGGCCGCUGACAGCCACGACACCUCCAGUCCCGGCGCACAGCUUUCAUUCUGCCAUCAUGCAUCGGACGACCAGGAUCAAGAUCACCGAACUCAACCCCCACCUUAUGUGCGUCUUGUGCGGGGGUUACUUCAUCGACGCGACCACCAUCAUCGAGUGUCUGCACUCAUUUUGCAAAAUGUGCAUCGUUCGCUACCUGGAAGCCAGCAAAUAUUGUCCCAUCUGCGACGUGCAAGUGCACAAAACCAAGCCUUUGCUCAACAUCAGGUCUGACAAAACGCUCCAGGACAUUGUCUACAAGCUGGUCCCAGACCUUUUCAAAAAUGAAAUGAAGAGAAGAAGAGACUUUUAUGCUGAGCAUCCCAUAGAAGCUUCCAACGGCUCCAAUGAAGAUCGUGGAGAAGUAGCAGACGAGGAAAAGAGAAUAAUCACAGAUGAUGAAAUCAUCAGCCUGUCUAUUGAGUUCUUUGAUCAGAGCACCCACAGACUCACAGGUUGUCUUGAAGACAAGCAUCCUAAAGAUGAGGUGGCAAACAAAAGGUACCUGCAGUGUCCAGCAGCAAUGACCAUCAUGCAUCUGAGGAAGUUCCUUCGCAGCAAAAUGGACAUCCCUAACACUCACCAGGUAGAAGUCAUGUAUGAAGAUGAACCCCUGAAAGAUUACUACACAUUAAUGGACAUUGCGUACAUCUACACAUGGAGACGGACCGGCCCGCUGCCGCUGCAUUACCGCGUGCGGCCCAACUGCAAGAAGAUGAGGGUGAGCCACGUGCAGCCGGAAGUAACCAACCGCUGCGCACCGGAAAGCGACUCGUCCAGCGACAAAGCCGGAAGUCCCGCGGGGGCCCCGUCCACGUCCACGUCUACGUCAUCCUCCAUGCCGAGCCCGGGCACCCCUGCCCCCUCCCCGCUCCCGCGACCCCUGCACAAGCCAACCCACAACGUGAACGGAACCCCGGCCGCCGGCCGCCUCUUCACGCAGCUGAGCUUGAAGCCCAGGAAAGUGUCUUUGAACGCAACAUCCACGUCGUCAGGAUGACACGCACUUCCACUGUACUCUUUCCACGCCUUCCUUCUCCCCGCAGCAUUUCACCACAAAAAGGCAAAGACGUAUUAUGAAAGAGUGUUAGGGGAAACGAAAGCAUUUACUCCCAUUCAAUUAUUAUUUACACAAGUAGCUGAUUUUAUUCAACCAUGUCGCCCAAGUGGAUCGUGUUUAUGUCAGUUAUUCCUCGUGUGUUUGAAUAUUUUAACGCAUGCUCAUGGCUACGACAGUUAUGUUCUGCUGGGUUGUUUUUUUUAAGACAAUGUAAAAAAACUGUUUUUAGCCACCACAUGUACAUACAAAAUACAGUAAUUGCUAUUUAAUCAGCGGUUAUUAAAAUAUGUUUCCUGUUUUGCUACGUUUCAAGCUCAGUGACGUCACUUCUCCCGUUUAUUCGUUUAUCUGCUCGACUGUAUGGACAAUUUAUUGUAUUGUUACUGUUGCACAAUAUAAAACUAAAUAAAAAAAAUUACACUCAA